GCUCGCGCACCUCCCCAAGAUGGCGGCGCCCGAGGCCUGGCGCGCUCGGAGUUGCUGGUUCUGUGAGGUAGCGGCGGCAACGACCAUGGAGGCCACGUCCCGGGAGGCGGCGCCAGCGAAGAGCUCGGCCUCGGGCCCCAGCGCUCCCCCCGCCCUGUUCGAGCUGUGCGGGCGGGCGGUGAGCGCCCAUAUGGGGGUUCUGGAGAGCGGGGUGUGGGCCCUCCCAGGCCCAAUACUUCAAAGCAUCUUACCUCUGCUCAAUAUAUAUUACUUGGAGAGGAUUGAGGAAACUGCCCUCAAGAAAGGCCUCUCCACUCAGGCCAUCUGGCGCCGACUAUGGGAUGAACUGAUGAAGACAAGGCCUUCCGGUCUGGAAAGCGUGACGUGUUGGCGAGCCAAGUUUAUGGAGGCCUUUUUUUCCCAUGUUCUACGUGGAACCAUUGAUGUGUCUUCUGACAGGCGUCUUUGUGACCAGCGCUUCUCACCGCUUCUGCAUAGCUCCCGCCAUGUCCGGCAGCUCACCAUCUGCAACAUGCUGCAGGGUGCAACUGAGCUGGUGGCUGAGCCAAACCGCAGGGUUCUGGAGACCCUGGCCAGUUCCCUGCACACCCUCAAGUUUCGCCACCUGCUAUUCUCUGAUGUGGCUGCUCAGCAAUCACUUCGACAGCUGUUGCAUCAGCUUAUUCACCAUGGGGCUGUCAACCAGGUGUCACUAUACUCCUGGCCUGUGCCCGAGUCAGCCCUUUUCAUUCUUAUCCUCACCAUGAGUGCUGGCUUCUGGCAGCCAGGCCCUGGUGGCCCUCCUUGUCGCCUCUGUGGAGAGGCCUCCCGAGGCCGGGCCCCAUCCCGAGAUGAAAGCUCCCUCCUGCUGGGCUCACGCAGGCCUCGCAGGGAUGCUGCUGAGCGAUGCGCUGCAGCCCUGAUGGCUUCCCGUCGGAAGAGUGAAGCCAAGCAGAUGGCCAGAGCCCCACCCACCACUCGGGUUACACGCCGGAGCACACAGGAGAGCCUGAGAGCAGGUGGGAUAGACCGUAAGAGGGAGCUGCACCCUCCAGCCACCUCCAAUGAGGCUCCUGGCACCAAGCAGCCACCCUCUGCUCCAGCCACCUCAUCUGCCUCUCCUUCUUCUUCCACAUCCGCAUCCAAAAGGGCUCCAGCUAGCUCAACCCCACAGCCUAAGCCCUUAAAGCGUUUUAAGCGAGCCACAGGGAAAAAGGGUGCUCGCACUCGUCAGGGGUCUGGUGCAGAGUCUGAAGACCUAUAUGACUUUGUUUUCAUUGUGGCUGGUGAGAAGGAAGAUGGGGAAGAGAUGGAGAUUGGGGAAGUGGCUUGUGGAGCUUUGGAUGGGUCAGAUCCCAGCUGCCUGGGGCUUCCAGUGCUGGAGGCCUCCCAACGAUUCCGCAGCAUUUCCACCUUGGAGCUCUUCACAGUCCCACUCUCAACAGAGGCAGCUCUGACACUGUGCCACCUGCUGAGCUCCUGGGUGUCUCUGGAAAGCCUCACACUAUCCUAUAAUGGCCUGGGCUCUAACAUCUUUCGCCUGCUGGACAGCCUGCGGGCCCUGUCAGGCCAGGCUGGAUGCCGCCUCCGUGCCCUGCAUCUCAGUGACCUGUUCUCACCACUGCCCAUCCUGGAGCUGACACGUGCCAUUGUGCGAGCCCUGCCCCUGCUGCGGGUCCUCUCUAUUCGUGUUGAUCACCCCAGCCAAAGGGACAACCCUGCUGUGCCAGGGAAUGCAGGGCCCCCUAGCCACAUAAUUGGGGAUGAAGAGAUACCAGAAAACUGCCUGGAACAGCUGGAGAUGGGGUUUCCACGAGGAGCCCAGUCAGCCCCACUGCUCUGCUCUGUACUGAAGGCCUCAGGUUCUCUGCAGCAGCUGUCCCUGGAUAGCACCACCUUUGCCUCUCCCCAGGAUUUUGGGCUUGUGUUGCAGACACUCAAAGAGUACAACCUAGCCCUGAAGAAACUGAGCUUCCACGACAUGAAUCUGGCUGACUGUCAGAGCGAGGUGCUCUUUUUGCUACAGAAUCUAACUCUUCAAGAGAUUACCUUCUCCUUCUGCCGUCUGUUUGAGAAGCGCCCGGCCCAAUUUCUGCCUGAGAUGGUUGCUGCUAUGAAGGGCAACUCCACAUUGAAGGGCCUCCGGCUGCCAGGGAAUCGCCUGGGAAAUGCUGGCCUGCUGGCCUUGGCAGAUGUUUUCUCAGAGGAUUCGUCCUCCUCUCUGUGUCAGCUGGACAUCAGUUCCAACUGCAUCAAGCCAGAUGGGCUUCUGGAGUUUGCCAAGCGGCUGGAGCGCUGGGGCCGUGGAGCCUUUGGUCACCUGCGCCUCUUCCAGAAUUGGCUGGACCAGGAUGCAGUCACAGCCAGAGAAGCUAUCCGGCGGCUCCGGGCUACCUGCCAUGUGGUUAGCGACUCGUGGGACUCAUCCCAGGCUUUCGCAGAUUAUGUCAGCACCAUGUGAUGGGGCCCCAUGCCUCACAGGUCCAUGCUCAGUAUCAUCAGCUUGCAAGGGCUGAGGCAUGGGCUGCCCAGAACUCCCAACCAAUUCUGUCUUUCUCUUUCUGCCACCUUGUUUUCCUCUAUUUUCCUUCUUCCCUUGCACUGAGGUUCUGGAGGCCUUGGUGGGGCCCAGCAAAGGCAUUCCCAGAACUGGGUUCAGAGGCUUUGGGUCUCUUACUCAGCAACCUGAGAACCCUGAGACAGGAGGUUACAGUGGUCAUCAGUCACUGAGGACAGCCCCCCUCCCCCUGCUCUGGGGUUCCUGCUUUCCCACCUCAAGCAGGUACCCAAGCUUUAGAGAAAUAUAGGAGUGCCCACCACCAGGCCUCUUCUAUGCUGGGCUCAACAUGCUGUUCCCAGGCCUCAGUCCCUUUCAUACCUUUAUUCCUUUCUUUUUUUUAACCAAAAAAGUUUUUCUUAUAAAAUAAAUUUUGGGCAAACAUCA